CUUAAUAAUGUUAUUCAGUCAUUUAAAAAAAAGAACUACAAAUACAAUCAUUGAUAUUCUGAAACUACAGAAGUUCAUUUGUCGCGUGAAUGACGUCAACUUCCUCCGACUCUCCUUGCUAUCCCAACUGCCAAGCAAGCGGGGAAUUUGAAUGAAGGAAUUUUUGUUCGCGUCUCCUCCUCAGCCAGUACCACCAGACCAAAAGAUCGAUUAGUGGUAGGAAUAACUUGAGGACGUAAUUUAUUCGUUGAACUUGUUGACUGUUCGAUUUUAAGAAUGACGUAAUCAUAUAGCACCGGCAUUGUUUGUAACGUUAGCCACUUUGCUUGGCUAUCUGGGAAGGUGUAACUUGGUUCGCAAAUUGACUGAAUGAAUUAAAAUGUAGAAUACGUGUUUAUUUGGUUAUUAUAGUAAGAUAAAUUAUAGAGUGGUUUAUCAUGAAUAUGUGCUUUCUCACGGCAACAGCAUCUCACAGACUGAAAGACAACGAUCAGGUUAGCUAACUUGAGCUAGUUUACGAACUACACUGCACCGAACAAUUUGUUGGAUUGUUUUUUCGCAAUGGAUGAUACCUCAUCGACCUCGACUAGUAUUCCUCGCCUGUCUUUCCUUCGGAGGACAAUGGACCAGUUAUCGACCAGCCAAAAUAGUAAACUAAAUGUGGAGGAAGAGGAGGCGGCGUGUGUCGCUGUCAUCGCACUUCAGCGCUACUUGUGCGACCCAAGUGAAGGACAGCCGUGUGAGAGCUACAGCUACGACGUGACUGUCACCGACGGAGUGUGGCGUGCCAAAUGCUACCUUCACCCAAGUUUAAAUCACUUGGUUCACACCAAUAGCCUUAGAACAGGCUCAGACAUCAUCAUCGCGCAGUGCUCGUUCGUUUAUAACGAGCGGAGACUGGGUCACGGCUACAUCAGCAUCGAAAAAUUAAGGUGCAGCUCGGGUGAAUCCUCGCUGCUGUCUCACAUUCGGGAUGUGAGGACACUGCCUGUUCUGGUCAAAAGCGGCAUGGAGAGGAGCACCUUACUCCAAAGCGACGUACCCCUUGAGCUGAACCGCAAACACUACUUGUCUCUGUGGAACAAUGAGUAUCCAGAGGGGGACGUGUGGACCUCGGCGCCUCCCUCGUCGCGUGAUCCAGUGCUGGACGUGAACAGGAUCUCUCUUAUAAAUAACCUGGAGUCAGCAUUUAGGAGCACAUGCAAACCCCUCCCUCUUCUGGUGAAGAUAUUACAGAAAUCCAGAUUGAGAUAUUAUGGCAAGAUCGGAUCCAAGAUUGAUUUCCCCUACCAGGCAUACUUUGAAGUUGCAGACCAGAGCGGCAUCAUGUCUCUUGUGCUUUGGAAUGAGCUCUGUCCACAGUUUUACAACUCGCUCAAUGUUGGAACGGUGUUGUACAUCCAGAAUUAUGCUCUUAAGCAGAGUUAUUCAAAUCGUUCACGCCCACAAAUGGACCAUUAUGGAAUCAAGAUGUUCACCUCAAUUGAAAUCUGCCUGAACGCUCGCAACCCAACUUCAAUUAUCACAGUGGUGCCACCGAAGAAUGUUCAGCCUCAGUGGUCGUUGCCUGAUGUGUCCUACCGCUUUGCCACAAGAUCAGAUGUUGAAACGUUUCCCAACAACUCUGUGUGUGACAUCAUCGGUUUGGUGACAUUUGUUGGUCGUGUUGAAAGAGUAAAAAGGAAAGGCAACACAGGCCCCGAGAAGUACUGGUCUUUCCGCUGGGUCCACGCAGUGGAUGGCACAUCGGAGCAUCCUUUUGUCCUAGAAUUGUUUUCCUCCUCCCAGCCAGAAAUCUUUGGCAAUAUAUGGCCAAUGACUUACCUAGUCUGCACUCAGAUGCGAGUGUGUCAAGUGGAAGGAUCCUUGCCUUACCUCACCAGUAGCUGCGAGACAGAGAUGUUCAUUACAGGUUACCACAAGGGUCAACCAUACAAGAAUGACCCCACAGUGCAGAACCUCAUCCAGCGGAACAAGACUCUGAAGGACAACGUGGUCCUUCAGAAGGCGUAUAUUGGUGGCCAUUAUUGCUACCCUCAUGCCCCGUGCACAUUCACCCAGCCGGUGGGAGAGACCUCAGGUGAAGUUACUGUUUUAUUUAUAUCACUUUUUUUCCCAAAAUAAAAAAGAAAUCAUUUUCAUUGUGUGAAUGAAGAGCAGCGAUGAUGUUACAUCAUUAAAAAAUAUUUUUCAUUCCUUAAUCUCCCAACAUUCACUGGAUUAACAUUCUAAUAACUA